UCGUGGAGUGAGGAUCGCGACGAUCGAGCGUUAUUUUUUUUUUAACGUUUUGAGAGAGAGAAAGAGAGAGAGAGCGGGAGAGAGAGAGCAGGGGACGGUGAACGAGCGACAAAGACAGACGCAUCGGGAAGGGGGCAAAUCGAGGCAGCGCAACUAUGUGUGCGUCAGUGGGCUAGCAAUGGUGGACGAGGAUGCAGCCAGCGGAGGUGCCGUCGUCCUCUUAGACGACUCGGCUGCCGCGAGUGUGUUUUUGUUGUGAUAUACUGCCGCGAGCUGCUCAACAAUCCACGACAAAACAAGUACAAAGAGAGAUAGAGAGUGAGAGAGAGAGAGAGAGAGCGGGAGCGGGAGAGAGAUUCGACAGUGCCUGGUGAGAGGGAAGCACGUGUGCGUGUUGGUGUUAUAAGUGUGCGUGAGAAGAGAGUCGCGGACGAAGAAGGAACAGCCGCCGCCGACGACGACGACGACGACGACGACCAACAUAUACAAAUUUGACUGACGCGGAGUAUACUAUGAUAAUUCUGAUAUCAGAUUGAUUAUAACCGCCGCUUCAUGUAUACCAGCAGGUCGGACAUGAGAAAUCUUGGUUCGAGGUGUAGUACGGGCCCCAGUAAACCAGGCACUGCCUCAGCGCGUUCUCUGUCAUUGGUUGCACGCGAAGAAGAAUUAGUGUCGUCGUCGAUCGAGUCGCCGCAACUGGAGGAAGAAGAAGAGCAGCAGCAGCAGGGCGCGCGCAGCGAGCAGCGAUCACGGAGGACUACGAAUAGCAGUAGCCGUCGACAGAAGGGUCGUCGCCAACUCGUCACUGGUGGCGCCCAGCAGCCGAAUUCGCCAUCAUCCGUCCGGCACGUGUCGCCGUCAUCGUCACAUCUAGCCUGGAUCACGCGGAGGUCAUUGGCUGCGGCAAGCAGCAGCCGUUGCGGCCGCAGAACGCAGCUCAAGCGACGAAGCCAGGAUCGAAUUCGCUCAUCGCGCUACACAAGCGACCGGCAUUUCCGAAACCGUUGUUAGCACCGAUAGCAAGGAAGGUUGCUUAGUUGUGUGCAGCCUAGACAAUGUCCCAAGUUUCUUCAUCUAUAUCAGAGGAAGAACGAAGUUUGUUCCGUCCGUUCACGCGGGAAUCACUAGCAGCGAUAGAGGCUCGCAUCGCCGAGGAACUUGCUAAACAAAAAGAACUCGAGAAAAAAAGAGCUGAAGGCGAGACGGGUUAUGGACGGAAGAAAAAGAAAAAAGAAAUUCGAUAUGACGACGAAGAUGAGGAUGAGGGUCCACAGCCGGAUCCGAUGUUUGAGCAAGGAGCGCCCAUUCCGGUCCGAAUGCACAACGAUUUUCCCUCCGAGUUGGCCUCCAUACCUCUUGAAGAUAUUGAUAAUUUCUACAAUAAUCAAAGGACAUUCGUGGUUAUUAGCAAGGGUAAGGACAUAUUUAGGUUCUCAGCGACAGAUGCCAUGUGGAUCCUCGAUCCAUUUAACCCGAUUAGGCGGGUGGCCAUCUACAUAUUGGUCCAUCCCCUUUUCUCUCUCUUCAUCAUUACUACUAUUUUGGGUAACUGCAUACUCAUGAUCAUGCCCACGACGCCCGCCAUCGAAUCUACUGAAGUCAUAUUUACGGGCAUCUACACAUUCGAAUCCGCCGUUAAGGUGAUGGCGAGGGGUUUCAUUCUGCAGCCUUUUACCUAUCUUAGAGAUGCAUGGAAUUGGCUCGACUUCGUAGUUAUAACUUUAGCUUAUGUGACGAUGGGAAUAGAUCUAGGCAACCUUGCCGCUCUCAGGACAUUUCGAGUCCUCCGAGCCUUGAAGACUGUCGCUAUUGUACCAGGUCUUAAAACUAUUGUCGGUGCUGUGAUAGAGUCAGUGAAAAAUCUACGCGAUGUGAUAAUCCUAACCAUGUUCUCCCUCUCCGUCUUUGCACUGAUGGGCCUUCAGAUUUACAUGGGGGUGCUGACGCAAAAGUGUAUAAAAAAUUUUCCCGAAGACGGUUCGUGGGGCAAUCUCACUCAUGAGAACUGGGAGAGAUUUGUUAGUAACGAUACAAAUUGGUAUGGUCAGGACGAAGCGGGAAACUAUCCUUUAUGCGGGAACUCAUCCGGAGCUGGGCAAUGCCCACCUGGCUAUACAUGUUUGCAAGGUUACGGGGAUAAUCCGAACUACGGUUAUACGAGCUUCGACACAUUUGGCUGGGCGUUGCUAUCCGCCUUCCGCCUAAUGACUCAAGAUUACUGGGAAAACUUAUACCAACUGGUGCUUAGGUCGGCGGGACCAUGGCAUAUGCUCUUCUUCAUUGUCAUCAUUUUCCUCGGUUCGUUCUAUCUUGUAAACUUGAUCCUUGCCAUUGUCGCUAUGUCGUACGAUGAAUUACAAAAGAAGGCCGAAGAGGAAGAAGCAGCCGAGGAACAGGCGAUAAGAGAGGCAGAAGAGGCGGCUCAAGCAAGAGCGGACAAGUUAGCGAGACAAGAAGAAGCACGGGAGGCGGCGGCUCAUGCGGCAGCUACGGCAGCUGAUCACAUUGUCAAGUCGCCUUCGGAUUUCUCUUGUCAUAGUUACGAACUAUUCGUUGGCCAGGAGAAGGGCAACGAUGACAACAACAAGGAACGCAUGAGCAUCAGAUCGGUCGAGUCGAUAAGUGAACACAGGGUUAGGAUUGCUGGCAACCAUGUCACCUCGACUUCCACCAAAGUUCGCAGAGUCAGUGCUGUCGCUCGCGCUGCUAAUGGUCAGUUUACUUAUGCCUACCAGGAUAGCCUAAAAGAGGCAAGCCUGAGUCUACCAGGCUCACCAUUCAACCUGCGACGCUCGUCGCGCGGAAGUCAUCAAUUUACACCGCGCAACGGUCGUGGGAGGUACGUUGGUCAACCAGGCAAUGACCGCAAGCCCUUGGUAUUGUCAUCGUAUCUGGACGCACAAGAACAUCUGCCGUUUGCCGACGACUCGAACGCCGUUACACCGAUGUCAGAAGAGAAUGGCGCCAUCAUUGUGCCCGUUUAUUAUACAAAUUUAGGUUCCCGACACUCGUCUUACACUUCGCACGCCUCGCGUCUUUCCUACACGUCACACGGCGAUCUGCUCGGCGGUAUACCUACGAAAGAGAGCAAACUCAGGAGUCGAUCCACCAGAGUUUCCUCUGCCAAUGGGCAUCUUGUGGCGGAGAACUUGCAGAAACAUUCUUACGAUGGCGAUUCGGAAGAUCCCUACGGCAAGGUAAAACAACAAGAUAAUCCAUUCAUUGAAGAACCUACCCAGCAACACGCUGUCGUGGAUAUGAAAGAUGUUAUGGUGCUUAACGACAUUAUCGAACAAGCUGCUGGCCGGCAAAGUCGAACAUCGGAACACGGAGUUUCGAUUUAUUACUUUCCAACAGAAGACGAUGAAGAUGGUCCCACAUUUAAAGAAAAGGCGAUAGCAAUGUUAUUUCGUUGCAUCGAUAUAUUUUGCGUGUGGGAUUGUUGUUGGGUCUGGAUAAAGAUUCAAGAAUAUGUAUCUUUAUUGGUCUUCGAUCCAUUCGUCGAGCUCUUCAUCACACUCUGUAUCGUUGUCAACACACUCUUCAUGGCCCUGGAUCAUCACGACAUGGAUAAGGAGAUGGAUAGGGUACUCAAGUCCGGCAACUAUUUCUUCACAGCAACGUUCGCUAUAGAAGCAACAAUGAAGCUUAUAGCAAUAAGUCCCAAAUAUUACUUUCAAGAAGGCUGGAAUAUAUUCGACUUUUUCAUCGUAGCUCUUUCAUUGGUUGAGCUUGGACUUGAGGGAGUGCAGGGUCUAUCAGUUUUGAGAUCAUUCCGAUUGCUCCGAGUGUUCAAACUUGCGAAAUCAUGGCCAACGCUGAAUCUACUUAUUUCGAUUAUGGGUAGAACAGUGGGGGCUUUAGGUAACCUGACCUUCGUCUUAUGCAUCAUUAUCUUCAUCUUCGCCGUGAUGGGCAUGCAGCUCUUUGGCAAGAACUACACCGACAAAGUCGAGUUGUUCCCGGGCGGCGAGUUGCCUAGGUGGAACUUCACGGACUUCAUGCAUUCUUUCAUGAUAGUGUUUCGAGUGCUUUGCGGAGAGUGGAUCGAGUCAAUGUGGGACUGUAUGCGUGUAGGCGACGUGUCGUGUAUUCCAUUCUUCUUGGCUACCGUCGUCAUCGGUAACCUGGUCGUACUCAAUCUCUUCUUGGCGUUGCUCUUGAGCAAUUUUGGCAGCUCGAACCUGUCAGCUCCAACGGCAGACAACGAUACCAACAAAAUCACUGAAGCUAUAGAUCGAAUAAAUCGUUUCAUCGCGUGGAUAAAGCGGAACAUACUUAAUUUUUUCAAGAUGUUGAGAGCCAAAUUCACCAAUCAGAUAUCCGAUCAGGCGCCAGGUGAGGGACCGUCCAACAGUUGGAAAGAAGAUGGAAUCGACCGAGACCUGAAUAUGGAUUUGGCUGAGGGUGAGUUGGACGCGUAUCGAGAUAAAAAGUGCGUCAAGGAACUUAACAACCAAUUCGAAGUUGCGAUCGGUGAUGGUAUGGAGUUCACUAUUCACGGAGAUCUGAAGAGCAAAAUGCGGGAAAGUUUAUGUUUAAAUAACACAAAGGCUUUGGUGAAUUCGAUAAAACAUGGAGCCUAUAGAUUGGAAGAUUAUCUUAGUCACAACGAAGAUGACACGAUAAGUAAUAAGUCUUACGGCAGCCACAAAAAUCGUUCAUUCAAGGACGAAAGUCACAAGGGUAGCAUAGACUCGCUUGACGGUGAGGAAAAGAAGGACGCCAGUAAAGAGGAUCUUGAAGACGAGCUUGAUGACGGCGAGGAUGAGGAGGAAGAAGACGACGACGAAGAAGAAGAAGGAGACGACGGAUUGACUCGACCAGAUAUAAUUAAAGCAGAUGAGGAAUUGGACGAUUAUCCAUCUGAUUGUUUCCCAGAUGAUUGUUACAAACGGUUCCCUUUCCUCGCGGGCGAUGAUGAUGCGCCUUUCUGGCAGGGUUGGGCCACACUCAGGCUCAAGACUUUCCGACUCAUAGAGAACAAGUAUUUCGAGACUGCUGUCAUCAUAAUGAUCUUAGCAAGCAGUUUGGCUCUUGCAUUGGAGGACGUUCAUCUCCAACAAAGGCCAAUUCUUCAAGAUGUACUGUACUAUAUGGAUCGAAUUUUCACCGUAAUAUUCUUCUUUGAGAUGUUAAUCAAGUUUUUGGCGUUAGGAUUCAAAAAAUACUUCACAAAUGCUUGGUGUUGGCUUGAUUUCAUAAUCGUAAUGGUAUCUCUGAUAAACUUCAUAGCGUCGCUCUGUGGCGCGGGCGGAAUCCAAGCCUUCAAAACAAUGCGGACUCUAAGGGCCCUAAGGCCGCUCAGGGCAAUGUCUAGAAUGCAGGGAAUGCGGGUCGUCGUCAACGCGCUGGUCCAAGCUAUUCCAUCCAUCUUCAAUGUGCUGCUAGUGUGCCUCAUAUUCUGGCUAAUUUUUGCAAUUAUGGGUGUCCAGUUAUUCGCUGGAAAAUAUUUCAAAUGCGUCGACGCAAAUAAAACUACGCUUAGCUACGAAAUUAUUCCCGAUCGCAACGCUUGCAUCGCUGAAAAUUACACGUGGGAAAAUUCACCGAUGAAUUUCGAUCACGUGGGCAAAGCUUACUUGUGUCUGUUUCAAGUGGCUACUUUCAAAGGCUGGAUUCAAAUUAUGAAUGAUGCCAUUGACUCGAGAGAAGUUGGGAAGCAACCCAUACGCGAAACGAACAUUUACAUGUACCUCUAUUUUGUAUUUUUCAUCAUCUUCGGAUCGUUUUUUACUCUUAAUCUGUUCAUCGGUGUUAUCAUUGACAACUUCAACGAGCAAAAGAAAAAGGCCGGUGGCUCUCUCGAGAUGUUCAUGACGGAGGACCAGAAAAAAUACUACAAUGCCAUGAAAAAAAUGGGCAGUAAAAAGCCAUUGAAGGCCAUUCCACGUCCAAGGUGGAGGCCGCAGGCAAUCGUGUUCGAGAUAGUGUCGGACAAGAAGUUCGAUAUGAUAAUUAUGCUGUUCAUCGGGCUGAACAUGCUCACGAUGACACUCGAUCAUUACCAGCAGAGUGCAACAUUCAGCAACGUCCUCGACUAUCUGAAUAUGAUAUUCAUUGUGAUAUUCACCAGCGAGUGUCUCAUGAAGAUCUUCGCGCUGCGCUACCACUACUUCAAGGAGCCCUGGAACCUGUUUGAUUUUGUUGUCGUUAUAUUAUCAAUAUUAGGUUUGGUAUUGAGCGACAUUAUCGAAAAGUACUUUGUGUCGCCGACACUUCUCAGGGUAGUGAGAGUGGCGAAAGUCGGUCGUGUCCUGCGUCUUGUGAAAGGUGCCAAGGGUAUAAGAACUCUAUUGUUCGCGUUGGCGAUGUCCUUACCUGCCCUCUUCAACAUCUGUCUGCUGCUCUUCUUAGUCAUGUUCAUCUUCGCAAUAUUCGGCAUGUCCUUCUUCAUGCACGUUAAGGACAAAAGUGGUCUUGAUGACGUUUAUAAUUUCAAGACCUUUGGUCAGUCGAUGAUAUUGCUUUUUCAAAUGUCGACGUCGGCUGGCUGGGACGGCGUUCUCGACGGCAUUAUAAACGAAGAGGACUGCCAGGAGCCGAAUAACGAGAUCGGCUACCCGGGUAACUGCGGCUCCUCGACCAUCGGCAUAGCCUACUUACUCUCCUAUCUCGUUAUCAGUUUCCUGAUCGUCAUCAAUAUGUACAUCGCUGUCAUUCUCGAGAAUUACUCGCAAGCCACUGAGGACGUCCAAGAAGGUCUCACCGACGACGACUACGACAUGUAUUACGAAAUCUGGCAACAAUUCGAUCCCGACGGCACGCAGUACAUCAGAUACGACCAGCUCUCGGACUUCCUCGAUGUCCUCGAGCCGCCGCUGCAAAUUCACAAGCCCAACAAGUACAAGAUUGUGUCGAUGGAUAUUCCCAUAUGUAAGGGGGACCUUAUGUUUUGCGUGGACAUCCUCGACGCUCUCACCAAGGACUUUUUCGCGCGCAAGGGCAACGCGAUCGAGGAGACCGGCGAGCUCGCCGAAGUGCAAGCGCGCCCCGGCGAAGUGGGCUACGAGCCGGUCUCCUCGACCCUCUGGCGGCAGCGCGAGGAGUACUGCGCCAGGCUCAUUCAGAACGCCUGGCGCAAGCACAAGCAACAGCGCACGGGCGAGAGCGACCUCGACGGCGCCACCGACCACGAGCAGAGUCGCGACACGGACGGCGACGCGGGCGACGCGGGCGACGCGGGCCCCGCCGACGAGCCGCCGUCCGGCCAGCCGCAGUCGCCGCAGCAGCAACAGUCGCCGCAGUCGCCGCAGUCGCCACCGGAGGCCGACGGCCACGUGCUGCAGACGGCCGUGCUUGUCGAGAGCGACGGCUUCAGCACCAAGAACGGCCACCGCGUGGUCAUACACAGCCGCUCGCCGAGCGUCACCUCGCGCACCGCGGACGUCUGAUGAACGGACGCGGCGGCGACGACGGACGCCGACCGCAUCCUCGUGCUGCCCGCGCUCGCGGCGGCCGAGGACCGAGCCUGAGCUCGGCUGCGCGCCAGUGCCGUGGGAGACUGAGGGGAAUCGGGUUUUAGGCCGCGCCGCUCGCUGCCAAUCUGAGAAAGAGAGAGAGAGAGAGAGAGAGAGAGACACGCGCGCGCAGCGGCUUCGUGGUUCGGCUGCGGCUGCUCGAGGCUCUUCUGCUCGCAAAAGUAUACCGAAGACUGCUUUAGGUUCCCGCGGGCGACGGCUGGGCCACGGCGAGCCAGCGACCACGCCAAUGUGUACGCGCGCGCCUGAGACAGCUCGACUUUUACCGAACGGACGGGGAUGCGAGGAUCAACUUUUAGACUGCGUCGUUCUUUCGCGAAUGACAUAUUAGGAUUCCUAGAUUCGAGAGAUCUGUAGUGCGAUCCUAGAAUGAAGUACGCGCAUGUACCAAUUUAAACUAUGGGAAUUAACGAAUUGCCACAAUUGUCCGAAGCUUCUUUCGUUUCAAGGGAGCUCGUUUGCCCUAUUCCGCAUCUUCGGCUUUCUAACAUUUAUUUCGAAGAUUUCUCUCGACCGAGGCCGACGCUUCGUUUACACAGCUAGCUUUCAAAGUACCAGGAGUUACAAAUGUCGCUUGGCCGCUAAAUGAUUGCCCAUCGUUUUAAAACGUAGAAUAAAUAUAUAAGCAAUCCUCGAUAAUCGUCAGGGGACCCGCGGAACAAAUAAAGACUAUAGAAAAAGAAAGGAACAACCAAUUUAUCCUACCUUUGAAUUAUGAAUACGUGAUUUUCAUUGUCUUUGAAUUACAGCGCAAAACAUUUUUUACAUACGCUACGAUAACGAGUGCACGAAUCGCUCCGAAGUUUUUCAUUUCCGAAGACGAAAUUACCGAUAGAGAAACGAUAAUCAACCUUGAAUAAAGUUAUUCCGUAUACAGGCGUCGUCGAUAGUUAAGCUAACGUUUUCGCCGUUUUCAAUUUAACACCCACACACAGACACGCGUCUUCUACUGCGAACUUGACCACUCGAGCUUUUCAUUUGCAAGAACGGUGCAGAUUCACAACAAUACAUGGACGAUUUAAACGAACAUUAUUGUAUAAUAAGUCGAUGCAGCCUUAUAAUUAAUUAUACAAUUUAAGAAAAAAAAAUUCCUCCAACAAGUUGCCUUCGUACUUAAUAUUUAACAAUAUGAAAGGGAAAUGUCAGGAAACACAAAGAAGAUAAGCCGAACAGUUGAUGUGUUGUGCGCCAAAAGACAUAUAAUUCGCUUGGAACUUGAAGGGGAGAGACGCGUAGAAGCGAUUGGAGUUAAAUAUACAAAUGAUCCAACGAAAAUUGUCAACGCAAUUACGAUCGUUCAUUAAAAAUCGUAUGGCUUUCAUUGAAACCAAAUAGAGAAGCGACAAAAGAAAUCGCAAAAGCAAUCUCGUUAUAAUCUCGCCGCACAAAGAAGCCUUGUCGCACGAGCGCGCAUAAAGCAUCUCUCUUUCUUUCUCGCGGAUCGCAAUAAAAAGAAAAUAAUAAUAAAGGUGUGUUCUUUCGCUUCGCGAGCGCUUCAUCCGACGGCAAAUACGAAGCAUUACUAUUCCGCAGUGUGUGGAACCAAACGGAUUUCUUUCCUACUUUCUUUCUUUCAUUUUAUAUGAUAAAUCGAAAUGUUUUUACGGACACGUUUCACUUAUUACAAUUCUCCCGCUUCCAAGGCACAGCUGCAGCAUCGCCGCGAAAACGGCCGUUAUUCGCCGUUGUGCGAGAAUAAUCGUCGUCGUCGUCGUCACCGUCGUUUCGUCCUUCCGACCGAAACGGUGCGCGUUUAUCUUCGAAAGCGUACUCUUCACAUGUAAACGCGUAUACACAGAGACACUUGUACACACACGCGCGCGCGGAAAACAAAUGUUUAUCAAGUGGGACAUUGAGUGGAAAGAAGCAAGUCACGUAUUGUAUAGUCGGACAACCAUAGAAAUGGAAAAGGGAGUGAGAAUCGCGCGACGUCUGUGUAGAUUCCGAUCACUUCCUCUAAAGAUCGGCAAUCCAACAGGUCGAUCUCGGUUUUCUCUUCUUUUUUCAUUCUGCACACGGAUACACUUCACACUUUUUCGUCCUGGCGUUUUUACGGGGAGUAUAUACAUAAUAUAUAUAAUUCAGGCUGAUAUUUGGGGCUUGACCGACGACCUCGAAAGUGCGAAUCUUCGUUGAAUAAAGUCGUCGUCAAUGGAAGAUACAACUCAACGAACAAAUAAUGGUGCAAACAAAUUUUCAAAAGAUUAAUGGUGUGUUGGAGCUAUAGAUAUUAUAUAUAAUAUACGGCGGAAUGGAAGCAAAUGGAUAAUAUUGUAAGCCACUCACCACUCAGAAGAUGUAAGAUUUAAAAAAUAAAUCAAGCCACCGCGUAUCACCUUCGAGUCAUUUUUCACCACGAGAAUUUCUGUACAUAUUAUAUAAAGGGAUAUUAAGAAUAAUGAAUAAUAAAGAAAUGAAUUCGAUUUGCAUCUUCGCUGCUUAUGGAUCGCACACGUACAUUUGUACAAUCUAAUAAACGUACUUUUUACUCGGAAAAAAAAUAAUGAUGAUUAUAAAGGAGUAAAUGAACAAAAAAAAAUACAUGAAUAAAAUAAAUAAUAAUAAAUAUAUUAUUAUAAAUAAUGAAGAAAAAAUACGACUCGCGCUCGCUGCGUAAUGAUAAUUGUUUUUCGCGAUAUAUAUAUAGUACGUGCGAACGCUCACGUACAUAUAUUAUACACACACAUUAAAACACUAAAAAGGAAACAAGAAUGAGAUUCGAGCUUCAUUGUAAUUUCACUCGUCUCGUAAAUGGGAUUAUUGUAAUUAUGUAAGCGGCGCAAUGGCGUAUACAUACACGUAUACAUAAAAUGUAGAUUCGCAACAACAAAAAAUUAUUCGUGUAUACGCGAAAAAAACGCGUGCAAGUGAAUAUGUUAUAACACUGAAGAUUGUACACACUGAAGAUUGUUCAGCAACAAAAAAGACAUUCAAAUGGUGUGAGUACGUGUGCUUUUACGUGUGAUGUAAGCGUACGAAUGAAUACGAAAAAGAGAAAGAGAGAGAGAGAGAGAGAGAGAGAGUGAGAGCGAGAGCGAGAGAGUGUGUGUGAGGUGCGCAAGAGAGACAAAUAUCGAGAGUUAUUUGCACUUUGGAGUUUUGCAGCGAGCUAAGUGCUUUAUUUUGUUAUUAUUGAUACAAAUUCACAGCAAAUAAGCUUUACACUUAACGCGUUUAAAAGAACAAAAAAAAAUGAUAAAAAUAAAUAAAUAACAAAUAAAUAUGUGCGGGUAGAGAAUUGUGAGGUGUAAAAUUCGUUGCGACAUGAUGUACUGCGUUCUAAGGGAGUGCGAGCUAUCGCGAUAAGUGUACCUUUUACAUAAAGAGACGUUCGAACGUUCGCGACUUACGGACCAUUAUAUCAGCUGUCCGUUCGUUUCUUUGCCGACGAGUUUAUGCACCAUUACUAUUUUUUUUCCGUUGCUUGAAACCUUCCUUUUAUUCGGUAGCGAGCUUUUGUAUUUCGUUUGCUUGUGAAAGAUUAUGGUUUUUAAAAUUCGAAGCGUUUUAUACUUUUUUGACGUGACUCGUGAUAAGGUCUAAAGAAUAAAACAAAUUAUGAUAUCUAUACCAGCUUACUCGUCCUCUGCUGCCUUCGAAUUUCUGUUGAUUCGUCCGAGAGGUAAAAUAAUUACCAACGCAUUAAAAAACUAAAUAUAUCUUGGUCCGCUUGCCGUCCCGCUUGUAACUAAGCACUGUUCUAAACGAAGAAUCCUCCAGCUUGACACAAACUCGCGAAUAUUUAAAAAGGAAGAAAAAAGAGAAAAAACAUAAACAAAUACUCAAUGCGACAUUUUUCCUCAUACAGCUCGUGCGCGCGUUAUCAAAGUUUUUUGGCGAGAAUGAAUGAGAGACAAACUAGUGAUAUAAUGAUGAAAGAAAAAUGGAGAAAAAAAAAUGAAAAUCAAUUGCACAAAUAUUUUUUUAAAGCUCAACGUACAUAUACCGAACUCGUUAUAUUUUCUAUAUAUUUGUAAGUAACAGAGCGUCUGCGUGUGUAACGUUAUACGAUGAUUUUUUUUUUUCGUUCGCGUAUAUUGUUCGGAAAACCUUUGCGAACGAUUGGAGACCAACCGACUUUUCCCCGAACAAUCGAGCGCAAUCGGUUUUAAAAACUCCGUGCAUGAACUCGCUCGACAUUACAGCUUGGGACGGAGGUGAUUCGUGUGCACAAACGUAAAAUUGACAUUAUCGACACGAGAAUUGUGUGUCUUUCUGUGUCGGUAAAACAUAUUACCAGAUAUAGCAAAGGUAAUUUUUAAUUCGAAUGCAAUACAUACCGUUCGAUGUAUUUGAUUUUGCUCUCAUUUAUUUUUAAAUCUCUCGUAUCAGAUAGCACAAUCGACAAAUUUCGGAAUAUAUCUGCUACGAUUUAUCCGCAAACUGAUCGACUUGAUAUUGAGAACUCUCGACAAAUCAAAUAUCACAUCUUGGGAUGUAUAGUAAAGAAUUAAAAUUUAUGUGCGCGAUGAUUGACGCCGACCUUCGUGGCUCGUCGAUGGCGGACCUUAUUGAGGUGUAAAAGGGCGCAUUUUCGAGGUCUCAUCCAACUUCGGCGAUGCGUCUUCUUGGACCUCUCUAAGACUCUGCAUCCUCCUCGAUUCCACGGUUGACCUCGCGAAUUUUUGCCGGUCGAUCGUUAAUGCGGUCCUCCCUUAAAUUCGAUCCAGCCGGCGUUUUGCCUUCGUCUCGAGCUUCGUGAAUUGGCUUGGCAAUGUCCUAUCGGAUAUUAACGAUCUCGAAGCCUUCAAGUUUUUUUUGGGGUCGACGCGCCAUCAUCCGGCUCGGAACUACAUUCUUCCCCGAUUUGCAGUUUCGAGCUUCGAUUCCCGGGAUUUGCAGGUUUCGCGAUUACACACAGAUGUGUCAAAAUUAAGGGACGUCCUAAUCGCAAUAAAUAAUGAUAUUGGGACACUAUAAAGCUACCCUCGCACUCUCUUUGGCUUGCAAACCGCAUGGUGUAUAAAUGUUGCGCUGAGGGCGGAAAAAAAAACAAUUUUUCUUAAUGGCUAGACAACCAAAAAACCAAAAACCAUAAAAAAAAGAGAAAGAAAAGAACACAGAACACAGAUUAACAUUUAAAGAAAAACUGCGGGCUUUCUAGACGCAACAAGAUAAGAAAAACAAAAAAAAGCUAAAAAUCUCUCUGAAGACUCUCGAAAAAAAAUCGUUAUUUCAAAUUGUGCGAUAAGAAGAGAACAAAAAACACUACCUAGAAGGUUACUGUCGAGGUGUAAAGCUAAAAAAACAACUUUAACGAUUAUAAAUAAAAGGAUAAUAAUAAUAAAUAAUAACAGCGAGAGCCUGUCGGCCAGUAUAAUGAACAAGCAACUGCCAUGGGUCGUAGGUAUAGAUGAGCUAAGAAUCCAAUUUUAUGCGAAACUAAAGAAACUCAAUGCUAGCUGUCGAAGUCGCGAAUUGUCCGUUAUCGUAAAACAAAAUAAUAAACUUGUAAAAGUAAAUAAAAUUUAUUUGAGAGGGAGCUCAAAUGCAGGAGAGAGAACGAGAGAAAAAAACACAUUCAUUUGUUUAUAUAUAUAUAUGUUUGAUGUCGAAUAACCGAUUAAAAGAAAAAAAAACAAACAAAACAAUCCAUACAGCAGAUAAAAAAUGAAAAAAUGAAAAAAAGCAUGGCCAUUUUGAAAUGAAAAAAUACUUUUGCGACGCGACGUUCGAAAUUUCUCACGCGCGACGAUGAAUUUUUAUUGUUUCUGCGACAUUUCAGUUUCAACGAGAACUUGUACGUGAGAAAUUAUCGACUUGGUUGAACGUGUGGCGAGAUGAUUGAGGAGUUAAACAUGAGUUUUUGGAUUAUCCUGUGUUUGGUGUGAGUAAGUAAACUUCCCCAUUACUGAUACCACUCGCGAGUUUCAAAACUGCCAAACUUUUCAAUUCUCUCGCUGGGCAUUCAAACGUCGUCAUAAUUGGGUCGCAAAGGGAAAAAAAACUUUUGAAAAUUACAAAUGAGCAACCAGCGUUUUCACAUCGCUCUUCUAUUGAACUCCACAAUUUACAAAAAAAAACACUCACGAGCGAACUGUAUAAACAAACUGAUUACCUUCGGAGAAAAAAAAUGUAAAAGUCCGAUGUGAAUAAGCUGAACUAACAACAGAAAGCGAAGCGGUGAACGAGUUAUUUGCACAAUAUUACAUUUUAUUCAUUGCGUUUUAUUAUUGUUAUUCAAUUGCCGAGUACGGAAGUGAAAAUUUGUAUGGAAAGGCAACCGGAUUUCAGGAUGAUGGCAAGGGACGAAAGAAUAUUGUUAAACGUGAAAAGAGUUAAAGUUAAAUGAAAAAUAUACAUGAGCGAAAAGAUUCGGAUGUUGCAUAUUAUUAGUUUUGAGAAAGUGGCGAAAACGAGAAAAAAAAAUUAUGAACAAUAAUAAAGGCGAUUCUAGUAAAGGAUUUAUAUAUUCGAUCAACAAGGGAAUAAUAAAAAAAAUAAACUACGAGAGAGAUUGAUUUGUUACUUACAUUAGUUGAUGAGACAAACAAAAACGACCCUUAUAUUGAUUAUUGUAAUUAUAAAUAAAUAAUUAUUAUCGUAAUAGUUAAAAAUUAACAAGUUGUUACCGCUUUGUUAUACACGAUAUUAUUAAUAUACUAAGAUUAUAAUACAUAAAAAUCUAAGCGAA